UAAAUCCUGCUGUUACCGUAAUCCCAAGUCAGUCUGUGAUCGUUGGAGAAAGUAUAUUACGGACGUCCAAGUGAAGAGACAUAAACACUGUUGAACUUGCGUCUCUGUCGUAUUUGUAUAUUCUAGGACGAAAGUCACAACAACGCAUUGGAUAUCCUGAUAAAGUUUAACAACGGCAAAAAGCAACAGCACAAUGAGAUUUUUGGUAACGGGCUCGUUCUUGUUGAUCGCGCUCGCCGUGCAUGCGUCAACUGCAGAGGAAUGGUCGUGGGGCAAUGACAAGACCAAAACCAAGGAGCAGAAAGUUAAGCCUUCGGACUCCUUAGUAGCCACGGACCGUGAAGCCAAGUCGAUAGACUCAUAUUCGACGGCUAAUGACGACAGCAGCCAAGAGAGUGAAAUCUCAUCUACCAACGGGACGGAUGCUCAUCCCAGACAUCUCAUCAGAGAUAGACUGUGCGGCUUGGGACUUAUGGAGUGUGACGAUGACGAGUUGGUGGAACCCAAACGUUACAUCGGUCCUCAAGAUUUGAUUUACGCGCAGCCCGUGUCACUGAAACCAGUCGGACGUCCCAUCGCCGCCAUACCGAUUAAGUCGACCGGAUCACCACUGCAGUCAUCCGUUGGAUACGGCCCACCACGUCCCGUCCCGUACCCGUCUGGCAGUUCGUCUUACGGUAAUGGCCCAUCGUCGUACGGUAACGGCCCACCGUCGUCAUACGGCAGCGGCGGUCCGUCUUCGUUCAGCUCCGGCCCACCCAUACGCAACAGGCCUGGAUCACUGUACGGCAUCAGCAGCCGACCACCACAGGUGUUUGAGUCCGAGGCCGCCGAGUCAUACCGGCCCAAACAACCAAUUUUAGGAGGUGUUCCAUCCGUAGCCUUGCCAGCCGGCGGCCUACAACAGCACGUCCACCAUCACUACCAUCACGGCGACGGCGCGGACGGUAUCAAGGCCGCGUCGGCCGUCGUUGACUCAGGAUUCGGUCCAAUAAGUGGCCCAAUCGGCGGUUCGCUGUACGGAGGCGGUGACGGUCCUCAAUCUUUGUACGGACAGAGCAGCAGCUUGACCAACAGCUACGGGGGCAGCUUCGAUAACUACGAGACUCCAGGUGGCCCACUUUACAAGAAACAACUCAACAUCAAUGCACCUCCACAAUCGAAUUCGCUGAACGGACCUUACGCCGGUGAACGGUAUCCGUCCUACGAGACCCCAAGGGCCGACAACUAUGGGUGCUAUUGCGUGCCGUAUGACCAGUGUCUGCCACAUGAAGUGGCCCGCAAGGAAGACGGCAUCGCGGGUAUCGACCCAAGAAACCUACACCAACAAGGCAAAACCGACAUUGAGGCCAUCGGGCUUGACGAGGUGGUAGUCACUGACGGCAACGGUACCAUCGUGUCACACCACAAGCCGACCGCGGACGUAGCCACCGACAAGCAGGCCAAAGCGCGUCGACGCAGGGACGCCACACAAAGCAAACAAGACGCCGAACCGCGAAAAUUCGGGGGUCUUCUCGGGGGCAGUUCAGGAGGAGGAGGCGGCGGAGCCGAAGACUCUGACGACACCGGAAGUUCCGGCGUCAAAGUCCGACCCACGUUUGGAGUAUCUUUUGGACUACCUUCCGGCGGCGGUGGUGGCUACCCAAUUAGCCCCUAUGGUCCCAAUCCCUCAGUGAACCCAUACGGCCAUUCCCUGGGGGGUGGUAACGGCCUUAACCUGGGUUUAGUCAGCGUUAACCCGUUAUUGUCGUUGCAAGUCAGCAAAGAUGAGUAUGGUGAAAAAAUCGUCAAACCCUGGGUGAACUUACACGUGACACCCAACGCGGGCCUAGUGCACAAAGUCGGCGAUAUCGUACACAAGCUCAAGUCACCACACUACGGCGGUGGUUAUGGACACGAAUAUCCCCCCUCAUAUCUUCACCAACAUAACCAUUACCACGUGCCACCUCCACCUUCACUACCACCGUAUCAUCAUAGCGGCCCUUCGUAUUACGGCCCAUCCAAACCAUUCUACCACUCCAAGCCAUCGUUUGGUGGGGGAUACGGAGGAGGUGAAUAUGGUGGUGGUUACGGAAGUGGUGGUUAUUAUGGCGGUUAUAGUAACAGUGGUUAUGCACCCGAAUAUCACUCGUACAGGGAGGAUGAGUACGAUGACCACGGUGGUUACGGUGGAUCACCUGCCGGAGAUUAUUACGGCCAACAAUCUGACGAUUUCGAUUCUGACUCGUACUAUAGGAGUUCCAACGUAACCGGUAGUGGUAACAGUGGUAGUGACAACGGUGGUUACAAUAGCCACGACGAAUCGUCGUCGUUCGGCGCCGCGGGUAGUCCAAAAGUAGCUUUUCCCAACGACCGACAGUCUACGGGGUCCAUUAAAUUCGUAGGUGGCAGCCAACGAAGCAAAAGAGAUGUGGAAGAGCGUCAGUCUUCGUAUUCGGCUAAUGGCCGUUGCGGUCCCAGACAAGUGUGCUGCAGACGACCACCAGUACCUAUCCAUUCGGGUUCAUCUUCCAACUACGUUAGCGCCGGACAAUGCGGUAAGAGAAACACGCACGGAAUCACCGGAAGGAUCAAGACGCCGGCAUACGUUGACGGAGAUAGCGAAUUCGGUGAAUACCCGUGGCAAGUGGCUAUCCUCAAGAAGGACCCUCAGGAGAGUGUUUAUGUUUGUGGAGGUACACUGAUCGAUUCGUUGCACGUGCUCACUGCCGCCCACUGUAUCAAGACGUACCAAGAACAAGACUUGCGCGUCCGUUUAGGUGAAUGGGACGUAAACCACGACGUGGAAUUUUACCCGUACGUAGAAACAGACGUUGUCAAUAUGGUCAUAAACCGUGAGUUCUAUGCCGGCACGUUGUACAACGACCUGGCUAUACUGCGAAUGGACAAGCCCGUUGACUUUUCCCGGAACCCACACAUUAGCCCAGCUUGCUUGCCGGAUGCAUUCUCCGACUUCACCGGACAACGGUGCUGGACAACCGGCUGGGGCAAAGACGCCUUUGGCGAUUAUGGAAAAUACCAGAAUAUUCUAAAGGAAGUGGACGUACCAGUGAUUUCUAAUCGCCAAUGCGAAACGCAAUUGCAGCAGACCCGCCUUGGGUACGACUUCAAGUUGCACAACGGUUUCAUAUGCGCGGGUGGUGAAGAAGGAAAAGACGCUUGCAAGGGUGACGGCGGUGGUCCAUUGGUUUGUGAGCGCGCCGGUUCAUGGUACUUAGUCGGAAUCGUCAGCUGGGGCGUGGGAUGCGGACAGCCUGACGUGCCCGGUGUCUAUGUCAAGGUGUCGCACUACUUGGACUGGGUCAGACAAAUCACCAACAAAUACUAGGACGAAAGAUGAAUCCGAGCGGAUUAUUAUUUUUAAUUUUUAAAUUAUUUAUUUUAAAUUUAUAUUAGUAUACUUACUAUAUUUUUUGAAAUUGUCG